AUGCUUGCCGCAACCAUCAUCACAGCCCUCGUCGGCAGCUCCAUCGUCGCAGCUGCCCCUGCUGAUGUAUCCGCCCGUCAAGUCACCAUCUGCUCUGGCACAUACAGCAAUGCUCAAUGUUGCGCCACCGAUGUCCUUGGUCUCGCUGACUUGAACUGCGCAAACCCACCUACCGUCCCUACCAACCAAACCGACUUCAUCAGCAUCUGCUCCGCAGAAGGCCAGCAGGCUCGUUGCUGCGCAUUGCCAAUUGUAAGUCCCAUGAGACAUAUGGAUUGA